CCGGUGCAGCGGCUUUUGGGAAAAGGCGAGUGUUGGGUCCAGAAUCUGAGCGGGCCCGGAUUGAGAGAGGAAGCGAAGCGAGGCUCUGCUACUGCCGAGAGGAACGGGCAGCUGCGACCCCUACGCUGUGGAAUUGCGUGCUGUGGAAAGGCAAAUGUGACACGCGACAGGGAGAUUUUGAAGAAUGUUUCCUGGAACGGGAUCUUUCUGAUUCUUCCUCAACUUCUUUUAUAGAACAUCACGCAAAAGGGGAAAAUGAAGGGACGUUCAAAGAAGAAAUCUGUUCACUUGUACAGUGACGGCGGCCAAUGGAUGUCUAAUUUGCCGGAAUGUCUCUGGGGCGUUCCUCUCUCUAAUUUGUCACUUCCAGGAAGUCAUGAUGCUAUGACUUAUUGCUUGGAUAAGGACUCGGAAGUGAGCAUAAAUGAAUCCAAGUUGCUGCAGUUUAUGGACAAGCAUAUGCACAGCAUAGUACACCCAAUUAUUUUGAGGUGGUCUAUAACACAGGUGCUGACUCUGUCAGAGCAACUGGAUGCUGGAAUAAGGUAUUUUGAUCUGAGGAUUGCUCACAAGCCUGAUGAACCUUCCAUGAAAUUGCACUUUGUUCAUAUGCUGUACACAACAGCGGUUGUAGAGGAUGUCCUGUGGGAUAUUUUACGAUGGUUGAGAAACCACCCCUGGGAGGUUGUCGUUCUAGCUUUCAGAAAUUUUGAUGGAUUAGAUGAGGACCAUCACCGCCAUUUGGUUUCCCGCACAAAGGAGAUCUUCAGUGGCAAACUGUGUCCCAGAAAUGUCACUCCGACCCUACGGAGCAUGUGGUCCUCUGGCUACCAGGUUAUUCUGUCCUAUGACGAUCCAGGACAAGUGACAAAGCACUGUGAGUUGUGGCCCGCGAUUCCCUACUGGUGGGGAAAUAAAACAACAGCGGCAGAGCUUAUCCGUUACAUGGAGAUGAGGAAAAAGAAUGGUCGCCCAGCGGGAUUAUUUGUUGCAGGAAUCAACCUCACUGGAGAUUUAGGUUAUAUUCUUGCACAUCUACGUGGAUCUGUUAAGAAAAUGACUCUUCCUGCCCUUCCAUUCCUAAAUCAGUGGGUUAAAAAACAGCGUCCUGGAUCCAAGAAAGACUGUAUCAACAUAAUUGCUGGAGACUUCAUAGAAAAAAAUAACUUUGUGGAAAACGUGAUAGGCCUUAAUAGAAAAUUUUUAAAAUAGCAUUGCAGCUUUGAUGCAUGCUUGGGUUAACUCCUAGCAUGCUAUCUCAAAAAAGAGGAGAAAAAAGAAGAAGAAAUAUAAACUAUAAGUAACCCACCUACCUCACAGGAAUGUUCUGAAGAUUUUUCUUGCAGCUAGGAUAUGGAUAAACCGAAGGUGGCUCCAUGAAAUUCAUGGAAAUUUCUAUGAAAAGACCCAGUUUUCCUGGGAAGCAUUUAGUGCAGUAAUUGCACUAUACUAAUAUACAAUCUCCCAAAGCCCUGCUCGAAAAGAUCUGUGCAUUCCAAUCUACCAGGGGAUAUAUUACUGUGAAACAUUGAGUGUUUGGGACAGGCAUCCGGCAACCACAGGCAGAGCAGCAUUCUAUGCUGUUGUGAUCUGGGAGAAUAUGGGUGAUACAAAAAUGGAAAACCAGGAAUGCAGGCUCCCACAGUUAAGGAAUUGGCUCAUCUUGAAAGCUGUUAAAAGACGUGCGCACAAAGAAGUAAUCAUGACAGCGCAGCUUUUCUUCUUGGUUCGAAAGCCAAGAUGUAUCAAGUUCCCAAAAGGCUGCAUGCUAAGUGAGACAGCGACUCUUGAUUGCGUGCUCAGCUACACUAAGUCUGUAAAAUUCUGCAGGGUUACCAAAUUCAUCAAGGCUUACUUAUGUAAAAAUAAGAAAUGUGAUUGAAGUUCAUGGUUUAGGGACCACUAGGAACCACUAGCAACACUAGGAAGACAGAAGUGCCUGGCGUGCUCUGGUCCAUGGGGUCACAAAGAGUCAGACAUGACUAAACAACAACAACAAGGAACAAAAUGUUCAGCUAGAGCAUCAUAUUUACCAUGGUAGGCAACAGGAAGGGGAAUAUUCGUUCCAAAAGCAAACCUUAGAAAGUCAUACUGAAUAAAUAAGAGCACUGGACUUC